UGAACUGAGCGUCCAAUCAUAAACGACAAAACAAUACUCCAUCAAAUCAAACUUUCGUCAACGCCAGCAACAGCUAAGUAUUUAGUCAAUACCAUCGUCAAUAUCGCCGUGGUUUUCUUCUUACGCAGUCAGUUCAGCUAAAGGAAAAGUUAUGAAAAAUUGCUCGGUGAAAAGCUAGGAAGAGCCGAUUACCACAUCUUCAAAAAACUACUAACUACAAAAUAAUACUCCCUGAGAAGCAACAAAGUUGUCAUGGUUUCUUCUAAUGUCAAUACAGGCUUUGCUAAAUGCUUCAUUUCAUUUAUGGCUCUUGUGAUUUUGCUUCAAGGUUGUAUUUACCUUGCGUUGUCAAUAUAUGGAAUCACCCAGGAGAGCUGCCAGAAUGAAGGAGCAUCAGAUAUAUCAAAAAAUCCCCUUGGUUUCGUAAUGCGGCUGAUUUACUUCCAAAGGGAAAGCUGCGGAAACCCAAACGUGACAGUGUCAGGUCUAUCCGAGGAAAUUGAAAUUCAAAUGGUUUGGUCUAAAUCAUUUGCCAUUACAAAUCGACUGUAUAUUUUUUUGAUCACAUAUGCUGCAGUAAGUGCAUUAUGGAUAGUGACGUCACUGCUCGUUUUAGCUUCAAUUUGUGGACCAGUUACAAAAUUUGUCGCGGCAAUUUCCUUUUGGCCAUGGUUUUCGAUUGUAAUCGGAGGAUGCAUUCUUGAUGGCGUGGCAACUGGUUAUCACAUAAGCGACGUUAUACACACAACUACAGUUGACGAUACAUUUACAUACAUCGGGGCUGACACGUCAAACACAGAUUUGAUGACUAUCUUGGAAAACUUUGGAGCCUAUUUCAUCACUCCUGCUGUUGUGAUGACUUGUUUGAGCUCUCGUUUGGUGCUCAUAUGGUUACUUAACAUCUUCGGGACGGGAUUUUGCCUAUCAUUAUCCCAUGUUCUGGCAAAAAAUAACUCCAAUCCAUUAAAAAAUGAGCAAGUAUCUGAUUUAUCUGAUGAGCAGAGAUUUGUUGAGACAAAUAUUGUAAAUACUGGAUUGCACCCUAAUUCACGGAAACCUGAAGACACACCCCGACAAACGACUCCAAUGCCAAAGACAAUACUAAGCGAACCAAAUCCCACUUCAAAUGAAAGUUUAAAAAUUUCACCGGAGAGCCCUGCACCGAUUCAGCCGGUUCUAGUUCGUCGGCUUUCUUCUGUUUCAACCUCAAAUGUAAACCAGCAAUUGAAAUCAAUACAAAACAACACAACGUAUCGCAAUGCAGAUACCCAUCCGGACCGCCUUGACUAUCCCAGCACCAAGGCAGGUCCUAUCUCUCCUACCUUACCUUUGGAGCAAGUGCAACAUUUUUCAACUGAGACACCAUUAAAUAGUCGAUAUACAAAUUCGGAAGCUUCGCAAUUAUCGAAUCAACGGGUGACCGCGGAAUUACGCAGUCAAUUGCCUUGGUCAUACACUAAUAUUCUAGGAAACCCGCAGGUACCACCGAAGCCACAAAAGCCACUUUAUCCGGAUAUUCCCCAACCGGACUAUACGAAAUAAAAAUAUAAAGUAGGAUACAAGUGUUUAAAUAUAAAGUUCUAAGUUCUGUAUAUUAAAAUUCAUAUUGUGUAUAAGUAUGUACAUGUUAACAAUUAUACUUUAAUCAGAGUUGAGAUAAAUAUAAAUUGAAGACAGCA